AUGAAGCCUAAUUAUAUGAGCUCUGGAGAUAGUGGGACUCACCCGAAGGUUCAAUUUCCAAGCUUCGCCUCCAUAGUUUUUAUAAACGAAAUUCGUACACCCUUCCCCUGCUUCUUGUGUUCUAUAAGCUCCUACCAGGGUUUUGAUUCAAGGUGUUGGGGAAGAGAGAUCAAGAUGGGGUUUAUAAUGGAGUUUGCUGAGAAUUUGGUACUAAGGUUAAUGGAGGACCCUAAGGAGAGGGAUAGGAAGUUCAGGGAGCACGUGUAUGCAGUGAAGGAUCGGUGCAACAAGACCAAGGAGAUGUGGAGCUAUCCUCUCCGUCCCUACGGUUUCUGGACCUUCGAUCGCCACAACUCUCAGCUGAAGUGGGAUGCUCAGAUUAGCCAGGUGCCUGGCCGAAGGGACCCCUAUGAUGACCUCCUUCAGCACAGCCAUGAUACCCCGAAAUGAACAAGUGAGAAAUCUAUUUAUGCCAUCUGCGAAGUGAAUUAAAGCUUUUCUGAAGGAAAUGGCGAGAAACUUAAGCUUGUUGUUCUAUUGAAUUUUCGUUCCAUGUAUUGUGCAGGGGUAUCGGUUGGUUUGUAGCACUUGUUUUCAUGACUCAUCCAUGACUUUGAAUAAGCAUUCAUAUAACUCUAGUUUUAUGAAAGACGCUCAUUUGGAAUGCUUUA